UUGAAAUUCAUUUCCUUAGUAUCUUUCUACAUUUUGUCUCUUUGCUUCGGCUAAGUUAAUUUUAAUCACUUCGUCUCCUCUUUGCCGGUCUCUUGAAUUCUACCAAAUCAGUAGAAUUUAAAUACAAAAAACUUGCAUUUAAUAUUUUUAAAUUGUGAGUUUCUCAAACUUUUGUUAGGUAUUUCAAAAAAAAAAGAUUAUGUCGGUGCAAGGAAAGGCCUUAAAUCUUGGAGAUCAAUUCCCAAAUUUUCAAGCUGAAACUACAAUUGGAAGAAUAGACUUCUAUGAAUGGAUGGGAGAUUCAUGGGCUAUAUUGUUCUCACAUCCUUCAGAUUAUACACCUGUUUGUACAACAGAAUUGAGUAGAGUUGCUGGAAUUUUACCAGAAUUCACAAAGAGAAAUAUCAAACCAAUUGCAUUGUCUUGUGAUAGUGUCGAAUCUCAUAAAGGAUGGAUUGAGGAUAUAAAGAGUUUUGCAAAACUUUCUGAAUUUGGUUAUCCUAUAAUUGCCGAUGAUAAGCGCGAACUAGCUGUUAAACUUAACAUGCUAGACAAAGAUGAAAGAGACAAAGCCGGUAUUCCAUUGACCUGUAGAGCUGUUUUCAUUAUUGAUGCCAGUAAAAAAUUACGUUUGACUCUUCUUUAUCCAGCAUCAACUGGAAGAAAUUUUAAUGAAAUACUUCGUGUUAUUGAUUCACUGAAGCUCACUGAUAAUAAUAAAGUUGCAACACCAGCUGAUUGGGAGCACGGCAAGGAAUGUAUGGUUUUACCAACUGUGCAACAAGACGACAUUCCAAAAUUAUUCCCUCAAGGAAUUAAAACUGUUGAAGUACCAUCAGGAAAGAAGUAUUUGAGAAUGACUCCACAACCAUGAACAUUAACAUAAUUUUGUAAAAGAAUCGAAUGAGAAAAUGAAAAAUUCUAUUACUUUUAUAUCUAUAUUAA